UCCCAGAGCGCACUUCACCCGUAAGCACGAACUCACCACAUCCAUGGUCCAAGAUUGUACGGAGAAGAUGUCAUCCAGCAUGACGUCCAGUGUGACGGGCAUGGGACUCGGUGGUAUCACUGGACUCACUGCUACACUGAAUAUUCUGACUUGCUCGAAGGAACCGCAAAUCACCAUCGGCGGAAUGCCCAGCAAUUACGUGCCCGGAAUAUCAUCGAACUACAACAUUUCGAGCUUUUGCCAACGUCCGGGACAGACGCAACGUCUGCCAGUUCAGAGAUCUGGACCGACUGCUCAACAAGGAUCGAGAAAUAGUCCUAACACCAUUUACGCACAUAAUCUUAUUUCCAAGCUGGCCGAUCAGAACGAACGCCGGCGUCGUCAGGACGCGAUGGAAAUGAUUUCCCUGAGCUAUUAUUCUCAAGCACCCCUAAAGGUGGAGUUGACAGAAUUCUACUCCAGAGAUAAUGCAAAAGAGCACCACACUGAUCAAUAUGAUCUAGUAAACGCUACUUUACUGGCGAACCCAGUUUUACGGAGAGGUCAAAAUUUCUACUUCGCUGUUCGUUUUGAUAGAGCCCAUGAUAAGCAACAAGACAUCGUUCGUAUUGUGUUUUGUUUUGGGCCAAAGCCAAGCGUAACUAAAGGAACACGUGUUGUUUUACCCGUUAAAUUUGAUACGCUGCAACCAAACGCAAUACCACAUCCCCGAGAUGUGAUCGGUCAGGGUAUAGGAAUGUCGCGAGUGCAAGUUCAUGAAACGAGCGCCAGCGUUACACCGGCUGUCUCCAUGCCAAUAACUUCAGUAAGUCCAAUAAGUACCGUUCGAGAAACAGCUGCAUACGGAAUUCGGAGGACUUCGAUUAGUAAUGAGACGGUGACUGUGAACAGCCCUCUCAGCCCACCCGCCCCGCAAGAACGACCGGUAGUUGAAAGGUUCGGAGCAUCUCAACACUCUUUUACAAGAAGCGUGGGAUCUCAACAAGGUUCCAUGCAAAAUUUAGCAGCGAUAGCUCCCGAAUUGGACAAAUGGGACCUAAGUAUUCUCCGACAGGAUGGCAAUACGGUCACUUUUCAAGUUCGAAUUCCUGUCACAGCUCCAGUCGGAGUGUGGAACUGCUGGGUACAAACUAACCGGGUGGGACAGCGCGACAAUCGCAACGACUACAAGUGUGAUGAAGAAAUUUACAUAUUGUUCAAUCCUUGGUGCAAAGAAGAUCCUGUCUAUCUGGAGAAUGACACCUCACGAAAAGAAUACAUCCAAAACGAGCAAGGUAAAAUUUGGUGUGGUACCUGGCGACAGCCAAAAGGGAGAAAAUGGAUUUAUGGCCAAUUCGAUGACAUAGUACUACCGGCUUGCAUGUAUUUGUUGGAGCAAAGUGGCUUGGAGCAUUCUGAACGUAGUAAUCCAAUACGUGUCUCUAGAGCUAUUUCAUCUAUGAUCAAUACAAACGGUAAGAAUGGUCUUAUGGUCGGCCGUUAUGAUGGAGAAUACAAAGAUGGUAUAGCUCCGCACGCUUGGACAGGAUCAGUCGCUAUUCUGGAACGGUAUCUCACAAGCGGAGGAAAGCCUGUGGAAUACGGACAGUGCUGGGUAUACUCGGGCCUCGUAGUCACGAUAUGUAGAGCUCUAGGCAUUCCUUGUAGAUCCGUUACUAACUACGUCUCUGCUCAUGACACGAAUAGGACAUUUACAAUAGAUAAGUUUUUUGAUAAAGACGGCAAUGAAGUCCCCAACGGUCCUGAUGAAGACUGCUUUGAUUCUUGUUGGAGCUUUCACGUCUGGAAUGACGUUUGGAUGCAAAGACCAGAUUUACCUCAAGGUUACGGUGGUUGGCAGAUAAUAGAUUCUACCCCGCAAGAGGAUUCCGACUCUGUGUUUCAAUGUGGCCCGGCUAGCGUAGAGGCAGUUCGGCGAGGGGAAGUCGGCUUUCAAUACGAUACACCUUUUAUGUACUCCCAAAUAAAUUCCGAACUCUGUCACUUCCAAGAAGACGACUCGUCGGAUUGGGGCUUCGUUAAAGUUCCUUCCAAUCAGAACCAAGUAGGACGCAAAAUAAUAACAAAGGCACCGGGCAAAGAAGACGACGAAGGCGAGACGGAUUUGCUGGAAAUAACCAGUGAAUACAAACUGUCAGAGAGCACUGCUGCGGAGAGACAGUCUUCUAUCGCUGCUUGCCGAGGCUCCCAGCGUCUGCAGCAGUACUACGAGAAUCCAGACCGUAGCGGCGAAGAUGUCGCAUUCGAUCUUAUGGCCAUGGAGGUCAUCCAUUAUGGGCAACCUUUCGACUGCACAAUGAAUAUACAGAACAAAUCGAACGAGGACCGUACUAUUUGGUGUGUACUGACAGCGUCAUCGUGUUAUUACACUGGAGCAAUAGCGUCCCGGUUGCGGAGAGCUCACGGCGAAUUCAUAGUGCGCGCCGGUCAGAAGGAAGUCCUGAAAUUGCAAGUCACGCCGCAGGAGUACAUGGACAAGCUGGUGGACCAUUCCAUGGUGAAGGUACACGCCAUGGCCUAUGUCAAGCAAACAUCUCAGGCGUGGUCCGAUGAAGACGAAUUUUGCUUGAAUAAGCCCAAUAUGCAAGUGCAGGUCAGAAAUCAUCCCACUGUUGGUCAAGAGAAUGGAAUUGCAUUCAGUUUCCAGAAUCCCUUGAGUGUUCAUCUGACCGACUGCUUCUUUACAUUUGAGGGCCCGGGCAUACAGAGACCGCGACAGAUAAAGUUCCGCGACGUCAAACCCAACGAGCUCGUGAACCAUCAGGACAGGUUCGUUCCGACGAGGAUCGGGGACUGCCACGUCGUCGUGACGUUUUCGUCGCGGCAGAUCGACGAGGUGGUGGGCAGCGCGGCCGUCAGUGUGCGGGGCUAGCUAAGCCCUAGGUCCCGAGAGUCCUCGGGGCCUAGGGAAGACCAGCCCCCGCGCCCUUCCCAGACCAUACACUACGACCACUGCUACGAAGCGCAUCUCAUGGCGUUCGCGGCGCCCGAAUGUCACUACUACUUGCAACAGGAGGAAAUAGUGAUCAUGAAAUCGGCUUCGUAAUUUUCGAAUUUCUUUUAACGCCUUUUAAUAAUAUUAUUGGUACUGCAUUUAUUAUUUCUCAAAUUAAAUUCUUAUUAACUUAUACAUUGAACUUUAAGUUAACUGAUUAUUUUAAGGGUUAUACAUGGUGAUAGUGAGUGGUCUACUUAUAAGUGCUAAGACAUUUACGGAUCUAUAACUACCGCAGACCUAAUGCUGUGAACACGGACUCGAUAGAAGCUUGAAGGACAAUAAACAAUUUCACCUUAUAAUAAAAAAAUACAAAAAUAA